AUGGCGAAUGAGGUGGUGCAGGCACAAGUGGUGCAAGCCACGGUGAUCGGCGCCGGUGGAGACGAUCUCUUGAAAGCCCCCGGACAAGUGGAUGGUAUGAUGAUUUACCAGAAGACUUCUCAGUGCUGUCGCUGCUGUUGUUGCCAACCCAACAUCGACUGGACAGUGCAUGACUAUGUGGAGGAUUGGUCGGCCGACAUGUCGCUGGCGGUGAAGAUGACCAUCACGGAGGACUCCAGCUGGUUUGGCCGCUGCAUGUCACACUGCUGGCCCGGAUGGCGUGCCAUCAAGUACUCGGUGCACAAUGGGGAUGAAAAUGGUCCCGUGUUGUUCACCAUUGAGAAAGGCUUCACGUGCUCCAACUGUCCACUUAUCAUUCAGGGUGACGGCGGACCGCUUCGAUGCCCGUGCUGCUGUUGCCUCCCGUACUUGGAGGCGAAGACUCCGAGCGGCCAGCACCUGGGAAAAGUUUCGUACAUCUGUGAUGCGUGCCCAUUUGUCCCGAAGUAUGACAUCUUUGACAAGAAAGGCGUACCCAUGUUCCGUGUCCGCCCGGACACUUGCGUAGGCGGGCUAUGUGUCCAAUGCCGAUGCGGUGGGGGCACGAAGGGCAAGUGCUUUCGCAUUCCCUUCCCUAUCCGCGAGCCUAUGCCCCCCUACCGUCCCUUGGGAGAUGCCGCAAUCACUGACCUUUGGGCCGGCAUGAAGCACGAGUGCUGCACCCAACGUGAGAUGUACCAGGUCAAGUUUCCUCAGAACAUGGAGGAUGCCGAGACGGUGCGCAAACUCAUCAUGGCCACUACUUUGCUGAUUGACAUCACUUUGAACGAGCAGGACCAGUGA